ACCAGCAGGCUCCCAAUCUAGCUGGCGGUUUCCGUUCCCGCGCCCUUUUGCCGCCUACGCACUUCAUCCAAUCUCCCUCGGUCUGCAGUUCGCGCGCACUGGACAAGCAGGUGGCGGCGGUCUUCAACCAAGUGGAGGUCGAUGCAAACUGCUCUUCCGAUGGAUCCUGUUGGUGGGGAAUCCAUGACGCAAGAUGAUUCUGCGAUGGCUACUCAAAAUCCAUCUGCAACCGGUCUUGAAUUUGAGGAGGUACUUACAAUGCAAGGAGGAUAUUUUAGUAACCUGAUGAGCGAGGGUAACAAUAACAUGUCUUUGGAUGACUACGAUAUUGUUUCUGAGCAGCAUCCAUCUGUAGUUGUGACUUCGUCUAGACCAAAUCAGAAAAGGUCUGCUAAUUUCAGCCAGCAGGAGGAUGCUUUGGUUGUCUCAGCGUGGCUGAACAUUAGUUUGGAUCCUGUGAAUGGCACAAACCAGACUCGUGGUACAUUUUGGAAGAGAGUUUAUAAUUACUAUCACAACCAUAAAACUUUUCCAUCAUAUCGUUCUCAAAGUUCCAUAUCUCAUCGAUGGGGAUUUAUUUUGGAGAGCGUUAACAAGUUUUGUGCCUGCAUAUCUGAUAUUGAAGGGAGAAGGCAAAGUGGUGUCACGUUGCAAGACAAGAUUGUUCAAGCAAUGGCUCUCUACAAGUCUAGAGACAAGGACAAUAAAUCUUUCCAAUGCAUGCAUUGCUGGAACAUACUGCGUAACCAACCAAAGUGGCAUGAGAAGCGCAAGCUGAUGGAUGAUCUGAAAAAAGUUGCUAAUAAAAAGCAUAAGACAAAUAUAGUUUCUAGUCCUGGAACUAUCACUCCCAUCAUCAAUGAGUCAAGCAACAGCAAUCCUAUCAAUGAUAAUAGCAGGCCCGAAGAGGAAACUCCUAAAAGACCAAUAGGUAUCAAAAAAUCUAAAGAAGUAAUGCGGCGAGGUGGUGCUGAGUCUUACAUGGAGGCUUCUAAGCAUUUCUGGGAUAAAAAGAAAGAGUGUGAUGCAGAGAAAGAGAAGAAAAAAGAGGAGAGAUUCAAUAUGGCAUAUGAAAUAGAGAAAGAGAGGCUUCAACUUGAUCAAGUAAGAGCUAGCACUGAACAAAUGAGGGCUGCUACAGAACAGGUCAGGGCUGCAAAUGAGGCCAAAAAUCUUGAAGUAAAGAAUAGUGAGCUACAAAUGAAAAAAAUGUUAGAGGAAGAGAGGAUUAUGACUAUGGAAUUAGACACAAUGCCUGAGCACCUACAACAGUUCUAUAGAAAUUUGCAAAAUGAAAUUAUUGCUCGUCGUGUUUAUAAAUGAGUUUGGAGUUCACAAGACUAGUAGAUAAAUUCAGAAUCAGGGCUGCAAGUCUGUGCAGUUGUUUCUUGGCAUGGCAUGCAAGUCACUUAUUUUAGAUAACCAUUAGUUAGUUUCAGAGAACCAUUAUUUGUUUCUUUCAUGCAAAUUGUUUACUAUUUCGUUCAGACAAAUAAUGUGAUUAGUUUUGUUGAUAGAACUAGUGUGUUUAGUUUCAUCAGAA